CACAUCCAUUCGACUUUCCAUCCAUCCAUCGCCAUGACAUUUGGUAUCUCUCUGUGCGCAGCUGUCAUAACAGCUCUACUGCUGCCGGUCCUCGGGGCCAUCCGUCGGCUCUACUUCCACCCGCUGUCCCGCUAUAACGGCCCGCGUCUCUGGGCCUUAACCCGCCUCCCUUACAUGUUCGCCUUCCGAUCGGGCCAGUUAGCGCACAAAAUCAAAUCCUUCCAUGAGAUUUACGGUGACACUGUCCGCGUGGCCCCUAAUGAGGUGUCAUUCAUCGAUCCCAGUGCCGUAAAGGAUAUCUACAACCGUCGUCCCAAUUCACACUACAAAUCCCUCCCCAAGGACCCAGUCCGUCAGCCACCCCCGCGACCCGGGCAGCCCAUCAACAUCCUCGAGGCAGGCGAUGAAGACCAUACGCGACUACGAAAAGCCUAUGCGGUCUCCUUUAGUACCCAGGCAUUGACCGCUCAGGAACCACUGGUCACUUCGUACGUUCGCAAAAUGAUCGCCCAGAUGAAGUCCUGGGCAAGCAGCGCAGCAAUUGUCGACCUCCAAGACUGGGUCAGCUACUGUACAUUCGAUAUCAUCUGCUCACUCAGCCUUGGGGAAGACUUUGGCUGUCUGGACCAGGAUCGAUACCAUGAAUGGGUUGGGAUGCUUGUCCACUCCCUGAAAGGCAAAGUCCAACUUGCGUCGUGCCGCUUCUAUCCCUGGCUCUUCAACUAUCUGGUCAAGAGGCUGCCUAAAAGCGCCAUGCUUAUGGCGGCAAAGCACCAGGCGACCACAAAAGAGAAGGUUCAAAAGCGCUUGCACACGAAUGUAGACCGACCAGACUUCCUAUCGCACCUUCAACGUUCCAAACACGAGCUCACGGACGGGGAAAUGGAAAUCAACGCGGCUACCUUGAUCUUCGCAGGGAGUCAUACGCUUCAGACUGGCAUAACGGGUAUCCUAUUCCGCCUCCUACAAAACCCCGACGCGCUGUCUCGGGUGACGGAAGAGGUUCGGAGUAGCUUCGCAACGGCGGAGGACAUCGAUUACAGGAAGCUGUCGAAGCUACCCAUCCUAGAAGCAGCCAUCAAAGAAGGUAUCCGACUAACCUCUCCCGUGCCACUGGGCCUUACUCGCCUCGUCCCCGCCGGAGGCCACACCAUCUGCGACGAAUUCUUCCCCGAAGGCACCAUAGUCUCCUACAUGCAAUGGGCUGCCAACGUCUCCCCCCAAAACUACACCAAGCCAAACGAAUUCCAUUUAGACCGCUGGCUCAACUCCAACGAAGGCCCCUUCGCCAACGACCAGCGAUCCGCCACACAGCCUUUCCUCCAGGGCCCACGGGAUUGCAUCGGACAGAAUCUAGCUCGGAUGGAGAUCUCCCUCAUCCUCGGGCAUAUUCUCUAUAAUUUUGAUCUGGACUUGCCUCAGGGAAACAAAGGUCUAGGUAAAUGGGAAGAUCAAGAGACGUAUGCAGUUUGGUUGAAAUCGCCUCUCCCGGUGAAGUUAACGGCACGUUGAUCGGGUCCUGCUGCUCCCUACUAAGAGACACCGGACGAAUUCACAAUACCAUCUUCCAAGCUCAACGCUACGCUCCGGCACAUAUGAACGGAAACAAUACGACAAUAGAUUCCCACAGCGACUUUCAUAUACACAUAUGGAUAAUAUAGACGAUCGAUCUAGUAUAUAAAAAAACGCACAUACACCAGUAAACAAGUCUCACCAUUACACCCUUCAUUCAGAAUAUCUCAACACAUACUGCUACACAUCAUCCUCAUCCGAGAAAAAAACAACCUCUCGAAUAGUGCAUCGUAACAACACACCCAC